AUGGGUAUCUAUCUGCAAAGAGCAAAAGGCAAACGCGGGAGAUCUGGAUAUCAAAAAGGUAAAAUGGUUCGAAGCUUGGAUCUCUAUGAGAAUAAUCAGAUGUUGAAUCUUUGCACUUUGAAUGUUGGACUUUUCUUUCCAGGGUUGAACGGGCCGGCUUGA